GGUGACUUGAGUGAAAACGUGAAGCUCUCCACGUAGAGAGCACCUUAACUCAAAAAAGACUCGAGCAUACCGCCAAAAUGCUCGUGUUAUUUGAGACCGCCGCUGGAUAUGCAAUAUUCAAAGUCCUCGAUGAGUCGAAGCUGCAGGAGGUUGACAGCCUGUAUAAAGAAUUCGAAACAACAGAAAAAGCGAAUAAAAUUGUGAAGCUGAAGCACUUUGAGAAGUUUCAGGAUACAACAGAGGCCUUAGCAGCUGCCACUGCACUUACUGAGGGGAAAAUUGGCAAGAGCUUGAAGAAAGCGCUGAAGAAGGUCGUGGCCAAGGAGGCUCACGAGCAGCUGGCAAUCAGCGAUGCUAAACUUGGUGGGAUUAUUAAAGAAAAGAUGGACGUGAGCUGUGUCCACAGCCCUGCUGUCGCUGAACUGAUGAGAUGCAUCAGGAGCCAGAUGGAGGGCCUCAUCACUGGACUUCCUCCCAAGGAGUUGAGCGCCAUGUCUCUGGGGUUGGCUCACAGUUUGUCCCGUUAUAAGCUGAAGUUCAGUCCAGACAAAGUGGACACCAUGAUUGUGCAGGCCAUCAGUCUUCUGGAUGACUUGGACAAAGAGCUUAACAACUACAUCAUGCGCUGCAGAGAAUGGUACGGAUGGCACUUUCCUGAGCUGGGAAAGAUCAUCACAGACAACCAGGCCUACUGCAAAUCUGUCCGCUUCAUAGGCGAUCGCACAAACGUGGCCGGCAGUGAUCUGUCAGCGCUCCUCCCAGAGGAAAUCGAGGCCGAGGUGAAACUGGCUGCUGAAAUCUCCAUGGGAACAGAAGUGUCAGAGCAGGACAUCGGCAACAUUAGGCACCUGUGUGAUCAGGUGAUUGAGAUUUCAGAGUACCGUACUCAGCUGUACGACUACCUGAAGAACAGAAUGAUGGCAAUCGCUCCCAACCUGACAGUAAUGGUGGGCGAGCUGGUCGGCGCCCGUCUCAUCUCACAUGCCGGUUCCCUCUUGAAUCUGGCAAAGCAUCCAGCCUCCACAGUGCAGAUCCUCGGAGCAGAAAAGGCUCUGUUCAGAGCCCUGAAGACCCGCAAAGACACACCCAAGUAUGGUCUCAUUUACCACGCUUCACUCGUGGGCCAGACCACUGCCAAGAAUAAGGGCAAGAUCUCCAGAAUGCUGGCAGCUAAAGCAGCUCUGGCUAUUCGUUAUGAUGCGCUGGGAGAGGACACCAACGCAGAAAUGGGAGUAGAGAACCGUGCCAAGCUGGAGGCCAGACUACGUCAGCUGGAGGAGAAAGGAAUCCGAAAAAUCAGUGGAACAGGCAAAGCAAUGGCAAAGGCAGACAAAUACCAGCACAAGAGUGAAGUCAGACUAUACGAUCCAUCUGGAGAUUCUACGAUCCCCUCCACCUCAAAGAAGAGAAAGUUUGAAGAGGUGAAGGACGAGGACGAUGACGAGGAGGUGGCAACACCACCAGUUAAAUCCAAAAAGGCCAAAAAGGAAGCAGUAGCAGAAGAGGAAGAACCAGAAACGUCAGCAGCGGCAGAUGAGACACCGAAGAAAAAGAAGAAGAAGAAGAAGGACAAGAAAGAGGCUGAAGCUGAAGCUAUGGAAACAAAGGAGGAAGAGGAGGAGGUAACAGUAACAGAGUCAUCAGAAAAGAAGAAAAAGAAGAAAAAAAAGAAGGCAAAGGAGGAGGAGGAAGAUGACGAGUGAAAAGGAUGUGGACUGUAUAUAUUUUUAUUUUGUCUUUUUUUAGUUUCAUGUCGUUACAUCAUAUCAAACGAAGACAUUACUGUACCGAGAAUUUAUGUUUAAGAUCGGAUCUCCUUUUAUAACUGAACGUGAGCUGUGGUGCAAAGUCACACAUUUUUAUCUCCGGACAGAAAAUAACUGAAAAAUGUACCGUUUUUAUUUUGAUGUUCAUUUGUGAACACGUGUGUAUCAGACUCAGCUCAGAGAUGAGUUGAUGAAGAAAGACUUUCCAGUUCUCAUGUGACAACAACCCUUUUAUUGUCAAAGACUGUGAAUUCUGCCCUGGUCAAAUAAACAUUUUUUCCUGU